AUCAUGAUAGAUAUUAUCUCAUGGCACUUUACAUAGAAGGUCAAGACCUUAGGCAUGAUUGAAAAAGUCAACAGUUCCAACAACGAGCAGCACUUUGGUGACUGUGAAAAAAGCAAUUCCCUCAUUAACAGGAUGAAACCUUCAGCAGAACCAAACUCAGUGUGGGUGGGUGGCCAUCCGACUCGACCAGUGGGGGUGCAUGGGAGGAGAGAAAUGGACAGGAGUGGACAGAUGGGUGGAAAGAGAAGAGAGAGAGAGAUAGGGGGGAGAGAGGAGAGAGUUUUUAUAAAUCAUUUUUUUAUAGGGGUGGCAUUUUUUUUCUCUAUAGCACCUGCCCCCCAAAAUGUCUUUGGACGGCCCUGGCUCUGAUAUUAUACCGUAAGUUUUGAAAACAGGUGGAUGUGGUUUUGUGUUGUACCACACGCUGCUGUGCUUUGCGCGGUCGAACCACUGGGUGGAGUGAGAUCUGCCCCUCGCAGACCCGGAGUGAACUUUGGCACUGAAGUCUCCACCUGGAAUGUGGGCCAAACUCUGCUCUCCGGGUGCGGUCAUGUGACUCUCAGCUGAACGAGACUCAACAACAGGCUGCACACCUACUCCUGGGAAUCGUCUUCCCGAAGCUCUGGAGAUCUGGAUCUUGAGUCUCACCUGUUGGAGGAAGCCGCGCCUGGUGACUGCGCUCAGCUGCGCGCAGGGAGAGAUGUGCGUGGGGAGGGCGCAGGGGGCCACAGGCUGAUGACCGGUCUGUCACCAGGUCUCAGCUCCGUGGAUGCAGCUGCUUGUCUCUACCUGUGUGAACUCUGCCAGACAUGGACAGCCUGAGUGACGGGAGUCCGCGGCAGGAAGCGGUGGAGCAGGAGAGGAGCCAAUCAUCGGACAGUCGCCAGCCAGAUGUCCGCUCCCGCAGGAGGGUAGCGGCGGUGAGCUCACCUGCUCUGUCCGCCGCACGACUCACCUUGCCGGGGAUCAUGGACGCCGAGGGCAGGGUGGACGAGUCAAGACUGAGGAUGCAUAUAUUCAAAAACGGUGGUGUGUGUCCCUCCGAGCGGGGCCUGGUGUGGCGUUUCCUGUUCGGGAUGUACCCGUGCAGCUCCACGGCUUUAGAGCGCUCUCUGCUGCAGGAGCAGUUGGUCGUUCGAUACCGGGUCAUGAAAACAAAAUGGCAGCAGUUCCUCCCUUCGUCUGUGCGGAUGCAUCUCAACGGCACCGACCCUGAGCUGGUCGCAGCUGUCAGCUACUUUGACCAGAGGCAGUUGGAGUCCCAGCAACAGACCCAGGACCAGUCAGAGGAGGUCAGGGACAGACUGGCUUUCCUGCAGCUUCAGGCACAGAUAUUAUUCGAGCGGGUCACGUUUGACCCAGUGGAGCUCAGGGAAGCCACACGAAUCAUUGACAAGGACGCACCGAGAACUAACAGAGACCUGAGCUAUUACCAGGCUGAAGGUUCAGGUAAUCUGUUGGUGUUGAGAGAUAUCCUCAUCACUUACGCUGCUUUUCAUCCAGAGGUCAGUUAUGCCCAGGGAAUGAAUGACCUGUGCAGCCGGUUCCUGGAGGUUCUUGACUCGGAGGUUGACACGUUCUGGAGUUUCUCCUGCUACAUGGAGAAAUUCUCCAAGGACUUCAGAGCCGAUGGUCUGCACAGAAAAAUAGAGUUGGAGGCAGCCCUGCUGAAGGAACUGGACCCACAGCUUUACACUCACUUAGUCACAGACAGUAUGGAGAGCUUCACCUUCUGCCACAGGUGGCUGCUGCUGGGUUUCCAGAGGGAGUUUGAACACAGCGACGCACUGCGCCUGUUCGAGAUCCUGAGCUGUGACCACCUGGAGCUCAUCUCCCAGCAAGUAGACCGAGCCAGGUAUCAGGAGCGGCUGGCACAGAAACACAGCACAGAGGAGAGUCCAGAGUCAGAGCUGCAGGCCGUCAAUACUGACUUCACCUUUGAGCUCUUCAUCUGUGCAGCCAUCCUGCUAGAGAACCGGGAGUCUCUGCUGCAGUGUCGAGACGAAGUGCAGCUCAUCCAGUUCACUACCAGUCUUCAGGGAACACUGGACCUGAAUAGCACGCUGAAGAAAGCCGAGAAGCAUUUCUACAACUACUGCAAACGCUGCGCUUGGGAUUACAUGAAUGGACACUGCAGGGAACACAAGCGAGAAGAAGAGGACUUUCUUUAUCAAAUCCGCAGUUUAUUUGUGUUGAGGUGAUAGCUGCUAUUUCAACACUUGAUCUUAAGAACUCUUAUGAAACAUGGAAAGUAUGGGACACACUAUUGAAUCCCUAUUUGGAGUUUUGAUGGCACAUAAACACAAAGGUUUUAUUUCUGAAGGAAAUGCACUGAUGUUCUGACGGCUGCUAAACUUAAAUGUGUUUUUCUGUGUAUUACAUCAAUGUACAGUAUUUAUUGUAUUGAGGUUAAUCAGCACCCAUUCUGAGUCACUCUGGUUGUCCUCCUAUAUCAUGAAUAUGAAAGGCUUUGUGUGUUAUAUACUCAGGAUCAAAGCUUUAAAGGUUCAAUGUGUAGAAUCUAGUGACAUCUAGUGGUGAAAUUACAUUUUGUCUAGAAAGGUGUUUAGUGUUUCCAGUUUGGGCUACUGUAAAAAAUAUGGUGGCCUCCGUACAAAGGACCCUCUCCUGAUAUUAAAUAUAAAGGGUACAUUCUAGGUUAAAGAAAACAACAAUUAAUACAAUUUAGAAGAAACACACCAUUGAAAACAUCACUAGGAUUAUUUUAUAUUUAAUUUCGUCCAAUAGAACCCUUUCAACUAAAUCUUACACGCUGGACCUUGAAAAUAUUUUUUCUUCUGUGUUACGCAACAACCAACUGCCAGAAGGAAACCACUACUUGACAGACAAGUGUCUAUACUGAUAUGAGGCGUGUCACAACAGGUGGUGGCUGCGGCAGUUACUUAGAGUGAAUCUAAUGCCAAAUGGCAGAUGUGUAAGAGAGUAACAAGAAUAGACAUCAAGCUUGUAAGCUGUGGAGGAAUCGUGCAGAAAUACGUCUUGGCCUGUUAAGUUUCUACUUUAUUCAUUCAAAACACAGGACAACUACAGUUAUGAUCCACUUUCCAAAAAUGUAUAAUUACUAGAAGCAGAAAUUAUAUGGAUUCUUCUCCCUUGGAACCCAACCCCGUAGGCAGUGCUUGACCUGAUAGCUAAAGACCAGAUGUGGAUUGUACAGUACCAAAGUAGAAGUGGUAUUUCUCCUUAUCUCUGAUCUGCCAUAAAAGUGAUGUUGUAUUUUG